UGUCCUUAGAGAGAAAAAGAUGUUACCUCGCUUCCUGACCGCCUCGUAUCCGAUGGAACGGCAUUAUUUUGCGGUGCCAAAGUUUGCGUUAUCGCUGAUUGGAUUCUAUCCGGAGCAGAAGCGAACUUUAUUAGUGAAACUCUGGAGUUUCUUCAACUUUUUCAUCCUGACCUACGGUUGCUAUGCCGAGGCUUACUACGGCAUACACUAUAUACCGAUUAACAUAGCCACUGCACUGGAUGCCCUUUGUCCGGUGGCCUCGAGCAUUUUGUCCCUGGUUAAGAUGGUGGCGAUUUGGUGGUACCGAGAUGAUUUGAAGAGCUUGAUCGAGAGGGUAAGGUUCCUCACAGAAGAACAGAGAUCAAAGAGGAAACUGGGCUACAAGAUGAGGCUCUAUACUCUAGCCACUCGAUUGACCUUCUUGCUGUUGUGCUGUGGGUUUUGCACCAGUACUUCGUAUUCCGUGAGACAUCUAAUAGAUAAUAUCCUGAGGCGAGCCCAUGGAAAGGACUGGAUCUAUGAGACUCCCUUCAAAAUGAUAUUUCCCGAUCCUCUGCUGCGUCUGCCGCUGUAUCCCCUCACCUAUAUCCUGGUGCAUUGGCAUGGUUACAUCACAGUGGUUUGUUUUGUCGGUGCAGAUGGUUUCUUCCUGGGCUUUUGUUUAUACUUCACGGUUCUGUUACUCUGUCUGCAAGAUGAUGUGGGUGAUUUAUUAGAGGUUGAAAAUAUCGAAAGGAGCCCCUCCGAAGAGCAGGAAGCUCGGAUAGUUCGGGAAAUGGAGAAAUUGGUGGAUCGACACAAUGAGGUGGCCGAACUUACAGAGAGAUUAUCGGGUGUUAUGGUGGAAAUAACACUGGCUCACUUUGUCACAUCUAGUUUGAUUAUUGGCACCAGUGUGGUGGAUAUUUUAUUGUUUUCUGGACUAGGAAUUAUUGUUUAUGUGGUCUACACUUGUGCCGUGGGCGUGGAGAUCUUUCUUUAUUGCCUAGGAGGCUCUCAUAUCAUGGAAGCGUGUUCCGAUCUAGCUCGAUCCAUAUUUGCCAGCCACUGGUAUGGGCACACUGUUCGCGUCCAAAAGAUGGCACUUUUGAUGGUUGCUCGUGCGCAGAAAGUUCUCACAAUUAAAAUUCCUUUCUUUUCUCCAUCCUUGGAGACACUGACCUCGAUUUUACGUUUUACGGGUUCCUUAAUUGCUUUGGCAAAGUCUGUUUUAUAAAUAUCAUUGUUUUCUGUUCCCUUUCAUAAAAUAU